AUUCGAAAAGAAGAUGUGCGUGCAACAAACAGAGACAAAGUUGAAAUUUAUAAAUCAUUUCGUCCUGGAGAUAUUGUGGUAGCAAGAGUUUUAUCACUUGGUGAUGCUUUGUGUUAUCUUUUAAGCACUGCUGAAAAUGAACUUGGGGUGGUAGUUGCAUUGAGUGAGAACGGAACAGCAAUGAUUCCACUUGCACACGAUCAAAUGCAGUGCCCGAUAACACUGCUUAAGCAAUUUCGUAAAGUUGCGAGACCACAAUCUAAACACAUAUCUUUUCCAGAAAAUUCUAAAAGUGCAUUGACUAAUGAGUCUACUGUUUCUUGAUAACCAAUAUUUUUGAAUGUCCGUUGUAUUUGUUAAAAAAUAGCCUAUGCUGGGUGUCAGUAGGCUACGUAUAAAGUUUGUGUAUAAAUAACAUGCAACAAUUUUUCAAGGUUUUUAGAUUUUUACUGUAAAAUGGCGAGAGAUACAAAAAUUUAUGUCGGAAAUCUGUCAUCUUCGACCACUAGAGGAGAUCUUGAGUAUGAGUUUGAAUAUUAUGGCAGGCUUAUAAAUGUGUGGGUUGCGAAAAGUCCACCCGGGUUUGCUUACGUUGAAUUUGAGGAUCCAAGAGAUGCUGAUGAUGCAAUAAAAGGAUUAGAUGGAAAAGAAUUACACGGUCGGCGAAUUCGGGUCGAGCGAUCUCAUGGAAUGCCAAGGAACCGAGGAUCUGACAGGGAUCGUCCAUCGUUUGGAGGUGGACGCGGGGGAGAUGGGGGAGGAGGAUCACGAAGAGCAUUUCAUCCGUCGGAUCGCUGUUACAACUGUGGGGAGACUGGUCAUUAUGCUUAUGACUGUGAUCUCUAUAAUAGAAGACGUGGUGGCGGGGGAGGUCGCAGCGAUCGUCGACGCCGGUCUUAUUCAAGGUCCCGGUCGCACUCACCACGCCGUAGAGGAAGACGGUCACGUAGUUAUUCUCGGUCACGAAGCAGGUCACGCAGACGUAGUUAUUCUAGGUCAAGAUCCAAGAGUUAUUCCCGCUCACGAUCUCUAUCUGCCGAUCGAAGAUCAAGAAGUAAAACUCCAAAGAAGAGUCGGAAGGAUAGUGUUGGAGAUGACGAGAUUAGAAAUGGUGAAAAAAGUGUCUCUAGGUCCAGAUCACGCUCAUGAGUAUAAUUAACUGGAAUGAAAAGUUCAGUCUACGGUAGCAAACUACUUCAUAACACCCCUGUUUUGUAGAUAUGUUCUGUGUGGUUUUGUACUUUUGUACAGUAAUUCGCUCUGGAACCUUGUUUAUAAAAACUGUAAUGUUCAUUGAAUCGUUAAUUAAUAAACCAGUUUACUGUA